UCAAGAUCCAGCAGUUAAUUAAUUGCUUUUCAUAAUUAAAUUUACAAAUCAAACCAGCUGCUAAAUGCCAAUAAAGUAAAUAGACUCAGCACUAAAGGAUUUAAGCUGAUUAAAUGAAAAUAGACAUUGACUUAAUACUACCUACAGGUAAAUAACAAAAGAAAUAAGAAUUUCAUUUGUUAAGUUUUUGGGGACUAUUUUAAAAAGAAAUCAGUGUCUUCUCCUCUGAAGAUUAAAAACUAAAAGAACAAGACACCAAAAAAAAAAAAAACUGUUUCAAAGUUUUUGAAAUUUUGACAUUGGACUAUACAUAGCAUCUGCAAAGGAGAUAAAUUAUGAAUAAUUAAUCAAUGGAAAGAAAAACCUUAUUUAUUUGAUCCCUACAUUUAAAUAUUCAUUUCCAAAACUUGUCAAGACAAAUCUUCUGUGCCUCCUCUCAGACACUGAAUUCGAAAGAGAAAGACAGAAAAGAAAAGAACACCGAAAAGACCGCACAAGUGCUCCUCCGCAUCUGUUCCAAAAGCAGGUGAUCUAUUUGAAGAUAUGUGUGGAGCGUUCAUCGUGUGAAAAAUCCCUCCUCCGGGAACCUUCUCCUCCUGCGCGGCGGUCUCCUCCGACUUCCUCCGGCGGGAGUGUCUGCCGGAGCCCUCCAUCACCGAACCGGCCAACGUUUCGACUACGGAAGGGGUUUGGGGCCCCCCUGACCCCGCGGGGCCGCCUUACUACGCCAUGAUGGAGGGAGCCCCAUCGGACCACGGGGUAGACUAUGUGCACGAAUUUGAUCUGGAACACCUAGAGGAAGUGGUGAAGCAGGAAAUGCACAGGGCCAAAUAUCCGGCUGCUCUCAAUCCGUGCAAUAAUGGGAUGGCAGUGGUACCACCCCAGCAACAUUUGGAAGCCCAGCAUCAUCCGAAUGGAGGAUAUGCUAUGUCAGUGGGUGCUCCCUGUCCCAGAAAACCACCUGUGGCUACUACGCCACCGGAUACUCCUCCCUGCCAUAUGCCACCGUCUCCAGCCUUCGUGGCCACUUCAGGUCCCCUCAUAGAUGAUGGUAUGUUGUGGCUUACACAGAAUCUUCGCUAUGGGGCUGCUAAUGGGACGCAGGAUGGUCCCUUAGAUUUACGACCCCCACAGUGUGCAGCGGACAUGGAGGCAUGGCUCAUAGCAGGUGGGCGCCGUGAUUAUCCAGAAGUACAGGGCGUACCCCCUACGCAACCACAGCAGCGAGGCCCACCAACACACCAUCCAGGUCAACAGAUGGAUCAUCAUCAUCACCACAUGAUGGGUGCCAACAGCAACAGUAGCAGUAGCAGCAGCUGUAGCUCAGUGAGUUCUUCAACGUGCCAGAGAAGCAACGGUCAAGGUGGUGAUAUACUCGACGAUGACCAACUCAUCUCAUUGACAGUCAGAGAGCUCAACAAGCGUCUACACGGCUAUCCGAGGGAAGAGGUAGUCCGUAUGAAGCAGAAGCGGAGGACUCUGAAGAACAGGGGCUAUGCCCAAAACUGCCGCACCAAGAGACUGGCCCAAAGGCAUGAGCUCGAGUCCCGCAACCGCCUGCUGCAAGGUGAGAUGGCCAGGCUGCGCCAGGAGCUGGACAGGGCGUGCAGGGAGAGAGACUUCUAUAGGCAGCAACUGCACGCUCUCAGGGAUCCUAGGUCCCUGUCUAGCGUGUCCAGUGGUGGAGCAGCCAGUAAUCCCAGUUCUCCCGAGUUCUACCUCUGACGUCUUGCGGGACAAGUUGAGAGAAUUGCAGGUAGUAAGGCUGGAUCUCUUUUUUAAAAUUACUUCUCACGUUACUACGUGUUUCUUGAGACAAGGAAAAACUCCUGG